CCUAUCCCUUAUAAAAGCGAAAACUCGGCCUGGGAUUAAUUGUACCUGUAUAUUUUUAGAUGAUGGAGCAUUCAAGAAUCACACUAAUGGGUCUGGGAAACUAUGUCAGCGAGCUUGAGGAGGACCAGGAUGACUGCAGCGAGCUUGAGGAGGACGAGGAGGACCAGGAUGACUGCAGUGAUGACUGUUUUGAGACAGAUAUUUCAGACGCGAGUGACGACGAGGACACAGAAGACGGAGGAGGAGGAGGAGACAAGCUGGUGGAUGGUAUGGCUCCAACUCCGAAACGAAGGAAGCUGGCAAGACAGGAUGGAUUACGAAAAGCUAAGUCCACUGAGAAAUAUCCCGAGUUCAAGGGUGUAGUUGGUGCUGCAGAUAAAGUUGACCCCUGUAACACUGCGUUCAUAGACUUUGUGAAACUAUUGUGGCCAGAUAGCUGUGUGAGCACAUAGCCGAGCAAACAAACCCGUAUGCCACACAGUGUGGAGCUAAAAGUUGGAAGGGUACUCAUAGAGACGAGAUCUGGGUAUUUAUUGGCAUAAUACUGGAGAUGGGUAUUCAUAGGCUCCCCGAGUAUACUGACUACUGGUCCACAGAUCGGCUCUUAGGAGUACAGGCUGUUAAGGACACCAUGCCUUUCAAUAGAUUUAAAUCCUUGCGGCGCUAUCUCCAUUGUGACGACAAUACAUGCAUAGUUGAUAGCAAAAAGAUAACAAGCAAGAUACAUAUAGUUUUGGAAACGCUCAGUACAAACUACUUGGCCAAAUAUCAUCCUAGCCAAGAGCUUUCCGUAGAUGAAAUGAUGAUUAAGUACAAGGGUAGAAAAGGGGGUAAAAUUCAUAUGCCCAGAAAGCCUGUAAAGCUAGGUUUCAAGGUGUGGUGCUGCUCUUGUUCUUGUUGUGGGUAUCUAUGUACGUUUGAUGUGUAUAGUGGUCUCAACCUUGGUAAUCCUCCCUCACAGGACAUCCGUGUGAGUGUCAGCAGAGUGGGACUGAGCAGAGGUAGAUGUCAAAUAUGUGUACAAGACAGGAUACCCAGCAAGGAGCAAAAGCACACAGCAAUGGCUUGCCCCAACUGUACCAUCAGGAUCUGCCAUGAACAUGCUAUUAUUGGACAUAGAUGUAGUAAACUAGACUAGGUGUGAACGUGCUAAUAAAUAUUAAUUGUGUACAUGUCGUUUUCAAGUGUUUUUUCUCUCAUUAUUUUGCAACUAAACAUGAAAUAUUACUAAGCUACAA